AUUGAUCAAGCCUUAGCCCCAGUAAAGCUAUUAGGAAAAAUACCGGAAAUAAAAUAUUAACAAUUGAAAGAUUUUAGACUGGGCGAUUUUAACGUUUUUGGAGCUUAAUUAGAAGGGAGAUGCAAGUGGAAAGUUGUUAUCAAGCAAACAUCCCGCUGAUAAGUAAUUCCCUCACAUUUGCGCUUAGAGUGAGAAUAUUGCCAAUAAGCAUAGUUUCAAUUCACCCCAUUACGAAUCAUUGGUCAAUAUUACUGACCCGGCAAGAAUUAGUCAAAGCUUUUUACCGAGCAACAGGAAAAGUUAGUUAUAAAUUGACCGAAAGACAACCAGCUUGCAAACGAAUAUUCGCAAGGAUACAAAAAUUCCCAGGUCCUGGAAUGGAUUCAAAUGCUAUUGCUGAUGAAAAACUGGUCAAAUCAUUUAAAUCCGAAACUGUGCACGAGCAAAAAUUAGAGCGUGAUACAGAUACUAAUAGCUCCAAUACUUCCCCCGAUCCCAGUGUCAUUGAUGGGAACCACAAAUCGGUUGAAACCAUCCCACGUAUAAGUGCGGUGGAUGAUAGUGCGGACGUGAGCCGCAAGCGAAAGAAAUCUGAGUCGUUAGAUUCCAAUAUUAUACAAGUAAAUAUCGGAACCCGCAAGAGUGAAGACGAUCAAGCAACUGUUGCUUAUCCAAGUCAACAGGGUAGUUACCAGCAGAAUGAAUGCAGUGGUCCAGUAUUGAGGCGACCAUGUGGUAGUCAUACUGUAAGUGAGCAAACAUCUUCCAAAGGAAAUGAGCUUAGUAUAACACAAUCUAAUAAAACUGUCAACAACUGUUCAGGAAAUGAUACUUAUUGUGAUACGGCAAGCGUUAAAACAAAUGAUUUUCAUUCUAAACAUGAAGAAAAAGGUCAUACAAAUAAGGAGUGUUUAGAGCAACUAUCGGAGAAUCAAGAAAUAGAUGCAUAUGGGACAGAUAUAUAUAUAGCACCAGAGCAAGCGCUUGUAACAAGUGUUGAGCUGGUUGUGGCAGCACCAGGAACAUCAAGAGGUUCCUCAAUACCGUUAAAACAGCAUUACGAUAAUAAUCUCCUUUACAAUAAUAAUACAUCUGUGGAUACAUCAGCCGAUUCUUCUAAUACAUUAGUGUCAAAUGACAAAACCGAUGGUUGUGCACAAGACUCCUCUAACUUGAAUGUAAGAAUUCCUAUACUAGCAUUAACAACAACGGCUGAUCGACGCAGAGCUAUUUGGGCACCCCAUGACGACUACGAUAGUACACAAAGCGGUGUUAUAAAUGCUAAUGUCUACCCUAAGGAACAGCAGGAGCAGCAGCAAGAACGUUUAAACUCCGCGGAUGGGUAUGGUGCUCAUAUUUAUCGCAAUCAGCAUGAAACGCCGUCAACAACAAAUCCCCACAUCCCUAGCAACAUUUUGCAUCAAAUUGAUAAGGAAACCACUGGGACAGAGUCUUUUGAUCACAUGAUUCCCUUGCAGCAACACCAUAACAUUACACAGCAACACUUUGGCCCACAACAUCCGACAUAUCUUCAAACCCAUUUAGAAAGCAAUAUGUACGUACAAAUGCACCAACAACAACAUCAAGGAAUUCAGGAUCCAUUACAUCAAGAAAGUAUGCAUCAGCAACAAGAUCAACAUCAGGCUUACACUAAUUACAGUCAACGUCAAUAUUCUCAUGACCAACUGUAUGGUAUUCAUCAUUCACAUGGACAUCAAUCGCAAACACAAAUCCAGUGCCAACAGCAGCAGCAGGGACAUCAUCUAGAAUGUCAAGCACAUAUACAACAGCAACAGACUGGCUACCACGAUCUUGUAAUGGAUGAGUUUCGUGAGGAUCCUAGCUCAGUAUACAAACUAACACUAUCGCCGAGCCAUCCUAAGCCGGAAAACCAAGAUGAUGGAUAUGAAACUAGCGCCGGAGACGUACUAACUCCAAACUCGCAUAGUUCAUCUACCCAUUCAGGAACCACGCAACAUCCAAUGCAUCAAGGAGUUCUCGGGCUAACUCCUGAGACUGUUGUGCAUUCUAAGCAGGAAGAGAUGGUAUCAUCACAAAAUAAUCAGAUACAAAACGUAGCUCAGGCGGAUACUAUUGCACCUCUCUCUGGAAGCCCAAAGCAAACCGGCACACGACAUGUUGAAGUUGAUCCUUUUAACUUUAUAGGUGAAGAAAUGCGUAUCAUGUCACCACGCGAUCAUCACCAUAUAGGUAAUAAUACAGGCAAUAUAUCUGGCUAUCCUACUGUUCCAGCAGAUUCGUGUACAUCAAUUUUGUCAAUGUCGGAGUGUAGAAAUGUUAAUCAGACUACUGAUAUUUACAACAUAAAACAGCAACAAAAGCACCAUCAUCUAAACAGCAAGUCAUCCUUUAAGGAGUCAAGUCAUGAUGUUGAAACUAGUAAGCACUCGUUAGAGGCGGACAACUCUAGCUGCUGCUUAAAUGCUAUGUCCGUUGUUGAUCCAGAUACGUUGCCAAAGCGGAGAGGUCGUAAAAAAAAGCUGAAUGGUGUUGCUCAAACUAUGCAAGUAACACAUUCUCAACAAGGCGAUAGCAGUAGCACUGUAGAUGCUAACCUGGUAGAUAUGAAGCCCAAGGAGCGUAAGAAGCAUGAUAGAUUCAAUGGGAUGUCGGAAGCAGAGGUUAUCAAGCGUACUAUACCUGAUCAUCUAUGUGAUAAUCUAGAUAUCGUUAUAGUUGGUAUAAACCCUGGAUUAUUUGCGGCGUACAAGGGACAUCACUACGCUGGACCUGGCAAUCAUUUUUGGAAAUGCCUGUACUUGUCUGGACUAACAGAGGAACAGAUGAGUGCAGAUGACGAUCACACGUUGUUGAAGCACGGCAUUGGCUUCACAAACAUGGUGGCUCGUGCAACAAAAGGAUCAGCCGAUCUUACGCGCAAGGAAAUUAAAGAGGGAAGUCGCAUUUUGCUGGAAAAGCUCCAACGUUAUCGACCAAAAGUUGCCGUUUUUAAUGGAAAAUUAAUUUUUGAAGUAUUCUCUGGUAAAAAAGAGUUCCACUUUGGGCGCCAGCCUGAUCGCGUAGAAGGCACAGAUACUUAUGUUUGGGUGAUGCCAUCAUCGUCGGCACGCUGUGCUCAAUUGCCACGCGCAGCAGACAAAGUUCCGUUUUAUACCGCAUUGAAGAAAUUCCGUGAUUUUCUUAACGGUCUAAUUCCUCAUAUGGACGAAACUGAAUGUAUAUUUACAGAGCAACGCAUACGACAGUGCUGUGAGCAACAAGAUCCCCUUAAAGCUUUGAAUAAGGCAAACUCAAGUAAUAUGGAUCUGCCGGCAGAUCAGAAAUCAAGUCUGAUUGCCGGAGAUAAUACCAGUGCUUGUAAUGAUCUCGGCAACACUGAAUGCUCUGGGCAGCUGGACUACAGUACAAAUAUACAUAAUGCACUUAAUCGAGAUGAAUUUGGGUACGUCGGUCUUGAAGAACCGUUACGAAGCAGUCAUAUAACGGGGAACCAAGCAGCACCAGUAGCGACUGCAAUUUCUGGAUCAAAUGCUGAUCAGCACAACUAUAUACCUUUAUAUAGGGAGCAACAGCAGCAGCCACAACCAGAAAAAAAAAAGCGGGGUCGGCCCAAAAAAGUUAAGAGUCAGGAUUUUAUUGAUGCAGCGAAUAGAACUAAGAUCUCAAUUAGUAGUCAGCAAAUCCCACAACAUGAUUUUAACAAUAUACUAAACCUAUCUAUGAUUGGAGCUGCAACAGGAAAUGUCCAAGAUAAUAACAACGACGAUGGCCGCCUUACUGGUUGCAGCAUUGUUUCUGCUGGAGAGACACCUACCAAAAAAAAGAGAGGCAGGCCAAAAAAGCUCAAGCCCACCCCGGAAAAUGUAUUGUCAUCAAAACAAUCUACGAAUAUUAAUACCAAUACUACUCCGAGACAUCAAUUUAAUCCCAGCUCAUCGUCACAGUCUACAAUUGGAGCCUCCGCGAGUAUAGCUAGCAUGCACACAAUUACUAUGGAGCAUACAGCUACGGGAUCACCACAGAACAGUCACCAUGCCCCACCGAGUCUUUAUAAUACGCCUCCUCCAUCUCAUAUAUUGUAUACUGCUUCUGCAUCACCGAUGGCGUCUCCAGCACUCAACUGUACUUACUCACACUCACAUACGCCGCAUACACCACCAGUAACAAUAGUAGAUCAGCUAGUACUUAGCGAUUUAAGUAAAAAUCAAAGUCAUACCAUAGAUACUUCAGCUACAGAUAGUUUGUUACCCGCUCAUCAAAAUCCGUCAGCAGCAGGUGGUGGGGUUAGAGUUGGUGUUGGCAAUGGGGUAGCGGCACCACAUCUAGGGGAAACACCACCACCGAGUUCGCCUAAUAUGUGUGCUGCAGUUGAGUUUGAGCCGGCAAAUCAUCGCCGAUUAGAAGAACAAGAACAACAAGACCUUGCGAUGAGCCAACAUGGCUCUAAUGUGGUUUCUAGUCCAGCUCGAGAUUCUGAGCCUCAUUCUCAUAGUCAGGAACACUAUCAGCAUUGGAUGAUAUCAAACCAACAUCUGCAAUCGACCCAGAGAGUCUCCACAGUCUCGCACUAUGAGCAACAGCCACAAAGCUCUGAAGUACCUUUACAUUAUCAGAGCGAUACACAGGAGCAUUGGCGUUACGAAGACCAAAGGCAUGGCAGUCCAUAUAUCCUUCCUUCCCCGCACCCACACGGCCACCACCAUCAUCUCCAACAACAACAACAUCAUCAUCAUCAACAACAGCAGCAGCAUAAUCAGCAUCAACAUAAUUUAAGUCCUCAAGUAGGUCAAUUAACAUCGGACAUGUCACGCAAAAGCCUGUCGGGACUUGAGUCUCUAGUCGAUCAAAUACCAGCAAUGAGAGAGCAUGAGACUAGCGUUGUAUCUUCGGCCACUGCUGCUGCAGCAGCAGCUGCUGUCGAAAGUCGAUUAUUAGGACUUCACCAGCUACAACAACAACAACAGCAACAUCAUAGGCGGUGUAAUCACGAGAGCCAACCACAAGUCCACCCGGAAUCCACAUUAGCCCACACCAAUGCUGUGAUCAAUACUAAUUUUACCGUAAGCAAUCUUGCAGCCUCCUCUGCAAGCAUAAGUAAUGAAAACAGUACUGGACACAAUAGCAUCUCAAGCGUGCCACAACUUAAUACUAGCAGCGACAACAACACCGAAUAUGCCAGACAUAGUCCAAACGGUUAUUCACAUCAUGCAAAUCAUUUGAUUAGCGCCGCGAUUGUAGCUGCUGCUAAUAGCAGUCCACAUACAUCGCCAGGAGGACAGCACAAUAUACCGCAUUCGCAUGCAACUCCUCAUGCUCAUCCACAUGCGCAUCCUCAAAUAUAUAUGGCUCAUAUGCCGCCUGUUAACUCAAUGUAUGGGCCAGCUUAUGGCUCACAGCAUACUCCAAGUCCCGACUACGGGCAUAGUCACUAUGGAAUGCAGGCUGGUUCCACUCCUUUGCAUGUUCCCAGUCCUAACUAUCCAUAUGGCCACUAUAGUCAUACUGCACCCACGCAAGGAAAUAUUAACUACACGGGGUAUCAUCAUCAUGCUCAUGGUCAUACUCCCCACCAUUUAACCGUCUUUGAAAGACUCAAGCCGUCCGACAUGAGUGGCUACAGUGGAUUUUGAUAACAGCAAAUAUGACAAAAAAA